UGACCGUCACAGCUCAUCGCGGGCGGUUCGGUCGAUGCUUUGCGGUUGCUGGGGCGGCACGAGACCGGCGCUUGCACUGGGGACCGGGCCACCCCGCCGGGCAACCACGAGAUAAGCGGAGCGACCACAGGCGCGGCCCUACGGGCAAGACGACUUGCCCCGCCUAGAGGAGCCGAGUUCCCGGUGUCACCCCGCCAUGGCGUCCAACAGCAUCUUCGAGACUUUCUCGCCGUACCAGCAGCCCUUUCUACGCGAGACGGGCGGCGGUGCCGGGCGGCGCUUCGCGGCUCCACCCGCCGCGGCCAAACUGGCGGCCGAAGGACUCGGCGGCUCCAGCGACGCGGCGUUGCUGCACCACCACCACCACCACCACCUGCAGCAGCAGCAGCAGCUGGGCACGGGGCCUGCCGGGGCCAUGGGGGUGCCGGCCGCCAACUGCCAAGACGCGGCCGCCGGAGCGGGGGCCGCCGGCUCGCUGCUGCACUCGAAGCGCGCCACGGCGGACGUGCUGGCCGACCACCCCGGGGAGCUGGUGCGCACGGACAGCCCCAACUUCCUGUGCUCCGUGCUGCCCUCGCACUGGCGAUGCAAUAAAACUCUGCCCGUGGCGUUCAAGGUGGUGUCUCUGGGCGGCGUCCCCGACGGAACCGUGGUCACGGUGCUUGCCGGCAACGACGAGAACUACGCGGCCGAGCUGCGCAACGCCACGGCCGUGAUGAAGCAGCAGGUGGCUCGCUUCAACGACCUGCGCUUCGUGGGCCGCAGCGGCAGAGGGAAGAGCUUCACGCUCACCAUCACGGUGUUCACCAGCCCGCCGCAGGUGGCCACCUACCACCGUGCCAUCAAGGUGACGGUGGACGGACCUCGCGAGCCACGGAGGCACAGGCAGCGGCUGGAGGACGCUGGCAAGGCGCUCUCCUUCUCCGAGCGGCUGAGUGAGUUGGAGCACCUGCGGCGCACGGCGCUGCGCGUGGGGGCGCACCACGUGCCGCCCCCAACGCCGGCCCUCCGCCCGCCUCUUAACCCUCCCCCCCACUACAAUGCACAGACAGAUGGCCAGCCGUCCCCUCCGUGGUCGUUUGACCAGCCCUACGGGCCCUACCUGAGCCAGAUCGCGGCACCGGCGCUUCACACAAACGCGGGGCUCUCGCCUAGCCGCGCCGUGGGCAUCGCAGGUGGCUCCGAGCUGGGUCCCUUUGGCGACCCGCGCCAGUUCGCCAGCCUCUCCUACCUGCCGGACCCGAGCCGCAACACGGACCCGCGCAUGCACUACUCGGGGCCGCUGUCCGUCUACCCGACCCAGCAGGUGGGGGCGGGCUCGCUGGGGCUGCCCGUUCCGGCACGCUACGCCUACCUGCCACCGCCGUACCCGGCGCACACCCCUCCGCACAGCCACCAAAGCUCCCCCUUCACCGGCUCCUCUCCCUUCACCACCGCCGGCUCUUCCCCCUUCAACGCCGCCUCCGCUCCGUUCACGUCGGGCUCCUCGCAUUUCUCCGCCGGCCCCGCCCCCUUUCAAACGAGCUCCGCCUCCUUCCAGCCGGGCCCCGCCCACUUCCAGGCUAGCACCGCACCGUUCCAGUCGAGCUCCGCCUCCUUCCAGUCGGGCUUCAACCAGCUGUACUACGGCCACUCGGGCGGCCCCGCGUACUCGCUGUCCGUGAUGGCCGGCGACGAGCGUCAGUCCGCCGUCGGCGGGCGGAUGGUCGCGACGGGCGUGGGCGUGUGCGUGGGCGCCGGGGACUCGGUGCUGCUCACGCCGGGACUGUCGAGUCCCGACGGGGACACGGCCGACGGAGGCGACGGCAGCUCCAGCAGCUCGCCCAGCAACGCCAACAGCCUGGCGGACGCGGUGCCCUCGCGGCUCGAGCCCGAGUCCGUGUGGAGGCCCUAUUGAGUGGCGGCACGGGGCACGCGGGGCAGAGAUGCGAGAGACUCGGGUUUGCCGGAGCAGGAGGGCCCUCGACAGAGGGCAGCCGGCGCUCUCCACUAGCUGAUGGAGAAAUCCACGUUUGCCAAGGGCUGUCUGCUUUGUCAACGUGGCAAAUCUGCCGGGCUAAUUCCGUUGCGAGAAAACACACGCAGAACAAUUAAUCUUUCCCGAAGUUUUUAUUUUUACUACACCAUGCUACCAAUUACAGAUUUAACGAUGAUGCCACGAAGCAUUAUUACUCGGAUUGCUUGGCUUCAAAAGGUGGACGGAAUUCCACGAGGAAAUGAGCAGGCCUCGGAGCUUCCAGCGCAGUUACCGUGUUUGCGCUACGAACGCGUUUCCCGGUCUCGCUGCAAUGCCGAUGCAGCUUCUCUGGAUGGGUGAGUGCAAAUUGUACGGUGAACAUCGUGGCGAAAAGAUGGCAGAUCUGAAAUGACAGCUGCAGGGAUAAGAAAACUAAUAUUUUCUGGACAAGUUGCUUUCAUUUUCUGUUGCUACAAUUCUGAAGAUUUGUUUUUCAAGAAUCUGACUGAGAUGCUUCACAGGGCACACCAGUUGCCGACACUGCUUUCAUCUUCUGCUGCUUCUUCUUGCGGAAGCUUUGCAGGUGUACGGGCAGUCCACUGCUGGAUGAAGGCUUCCCCACGCAUUUAUUUUGGCGAAUGCAGAAACGCCUAACAGGGACGGUCAAAGCGUUGACAUCCAUGACCUCCUCACUCGUGACAGUGUGGCCCCCUAUUUUAAAUGUUCAGUUGCCCCGUGGUUCAUCUGACUUGCAGCUGAUGACAUGCAUUGACGCUGAGCCAUUAGUACUAUCGUCGUCAUCGUGAGGUGCUUUAAUGUGUGUGUGUUUUUAUUAAUUGAGUUUAGAAAGUUGCUUUUCAGUCACGUGAUGUAAAUACAAAGUGAAUACCUGCCGGGUAUCUUGUUAACGUCUUUUUUUUUUAAACAUAGUAAUAAUCUUUGUGUACAUGCAUACAUUAGUGUUACAUUGUUACUGUUAGUGGAUGUAAAUGGUUAAGACGUUGCAGCAAUUGUAAAUUGAUCCAUUAGAAAGCUAAAUAUAUUAUUAAAUAUCUCCCACUUGCAAUUGAUAUAGUUAAAGCUUAAUUGUUACUUUGAGUAGAUAGAUGCUCUUAAUAGCACAUUGAAUGCAGAACCAUUAAUAUCCAUUGCGAGAGGGCACAAGUCAAACGGAAUGCAUUCAAUUGUGAGUUUCAAUGACGGGGCAAUGCAAUUAUUGAUCUCUAUUGUAAUCAGUUUUACUUUGGCAUCGUCACGCAAGUAUUUUCACCUCAUCAUCUUCUCACCCAAGCCACACUUCCGUAUGAUAGCGCACUUGUUCGGGAAAACUAAAACGUGUCAAAUGAAGCAAAUCGGAGGCAAAACUUAAUACCAAAAGUGCAUAAUUGGUAGAAAAAAACCACAAAUCAGAAAAUUAUGAUCAUCCAAAGAUUGUUUUGGACGUAAUUUAUGUUUAGCCCUCUCGUGGAAAUUAGAUAGCUCCUGAAAAAUGCAUCGUUAAAAAAAACACCACAGUUUUGACUGGUCUCUGUAACUGAUUGUAUUACCCAUGGGAGUGCAGUCUGGCUGACCAAAUAAUGAAAUUAGAUUUAUUGGCAAAAAUACAUCAAUCUUAUAAUACAUCUUGAUAAAAUACCACCCAAUUAAUAGCCUUGUCUUUAAUCCAUGCUUAUAUCGAAAUGCAACCGCAUGUUUUAAAACGAGUUUAGACAACGUAACCUGGAUUGUUUGUAGAUUUUAACUUUUUUUACAUUUUAAAUUAAUUUUCUCACAAUUUAAAUAGAAUGAGUGAAAUGAUGGACCUAUUUUCUUUGCGGCCAUCUCAUUUAACAUUCUUGUGUAAACGUGUUUUCAAUGCCAGUUAAUAAGAUUUGUUUCCUCCAGUCUUCCGUGAGUGUUGUACAUUUUCUAGCUUCCACUUUCGAGGUAUAUACAUUGCUAUUUUUUUGAAAUUAUUAGUUUGUUGUGUGGUCACCUAAUAGGAUUACAGAAAAUGAAUGAAAAAAGUUAAAACAUUGUACAGUUGAAAUUUUAGCAUACAAAUAUCACUUCCUUUAAUAUUAACUGUACGUGCUUUUACAUGUAUUAACCGAUGAUUAAUAAUGAAAAGGUUUAUUUCGAAGCAAAAUAAAGAAAAACGCAUUCUUGCUUUUGCACUAAGCCAUAUUUAUGUAAACAAUAUUAGAAUGGUAAAAAAAUAACUUUAUCAUUAAUGUCAUUAAUAUUAUUACGUGGCGUAUGGCCCCGUUUCAACGACCGAAAACGAUGAGUUCAAGUAAAAAAUAAUAGUGCCUUUUGUUUGCAAAAAGCCAUCUUUUUAAGGGGCGGUGUUCACGAUGUCUCCGUGGCUCCGAUCCAGUGGGCGGCCAUUUCACGGCGGUAACCUCCCCACUCGCCUCCCUCUUGCGUUGGCCAUGAACUCAGCGGAUUACAAAUCGGGGUCAUCCACAUUUCCUGCAAUUUCCACGGCAUUUAAUUGGGUUAACCGUUGUUACGUUUGCGGCGUGGAUUUCCCGGUUGUUAUAUCACGUUUAUUUUAAGUUUUUGUUGUUACCAUAUUCACAAUUCCAUUUUCGUACACUUGGUAUUUAAAAAAAAAAAAUUUCCAUGGUUAAAUAUUGUUUUAGAGUGGCAUUUGUCACCAUUACAGUAAACCUUCGACUUAUAAAAUAAUACCCUGCGUUGUAAAAAAAAAACUAGUUAAGACUGCUUCCUCUCUUAUUUCAUUUAAAGUAAUUACAGUUCACUGAGUGGGGCUGUGCCCGAGUUUUAAUUCCGGCUGGCACAGUCAUUUAAUUGAUGAACUCACCCGCAAUUACCCCCGUGUGGAAUCACCUCGCACUACUCAUUCUGCCAGAUAAUUCGCAAGUGAUUAUGGUGCAUAACAAGUCACAGCAUUGGCUCGGAUAGCCGCUCAUUUGUCGGGAAUAAUGGCGCUUAGUUUCGUCUCAUGUAGACCCCUGCGUGUUCUACUCAACGCCCGCUAUGAGUCAGGCGUUGAGCCCUAUUAGCGAGAAGUCCAGCACCUGCGGCGUCUUAAGCCAACCACCACCAUUUUGUCAAUGACCGAGUGCUUUCUUUCAGCGAAGUAACCAUCUCGUAUCAUUAUAAAACGUCUGCCCAGCUUGGAGGAGAAAGGCCAAGAGCUCUCGAGACGGGCUGCACAGAGCAUAGAGCUCCCUUUCGUGGAGGUCCUGUGACUAGAAUUGGCGUGAACAAAGCAAUUGCAGGGGCUGCAGCUUUAACCUUUGAUGUUAUUAUUCACAAACUUGAAUGUGUAAAAAUUUGCUUAAAAAGUCAGAUAUGGGUAAAAAAAAAUCAUUUGGGUCACGUUAAUCCGAGGGUGCAAGCCACUUUUUUUUUAAUGAAAAUCAGCCAGGACAUGUUCUUCCUUUGUUUCACAAAAUAAGUGGGCGAUUCGAUGUGCUGCCUUUUGUAACAGCACCCUGGAAAUUGAAACACACAGGUGUGCUUUAUAAUAAUUAUUAUAUAUGUAAUUUAGCUUAGGGUGGUUUCCAAUUUUGGAAUUUAGGCUGUGGCACUCACCUAAUUAAUAUUAAUACCGAUUCAGAGUGUGCAGCCCUUUGCCAAUCUACUGCUGGAUGAAGGCCUCCCUGAAUCAUCGCCGUAUCUCGCAAUCCUCUGACGUGACGAAGUAUAGAGGGUGCCUUGGUAAUGAACGACCAACUUCAUGAGAACCGACUUGUUAUAAAGCAGGCCUUGAUUACGUUUGGUGGGGGGCUCGAGUUCUUUACAUUUUUGGGGGAGCUCUGCAUUGUUUGGUCGGUUCCUUCCCUUCACUCUUUAACCACCAUCCAUGUCCAAUGUCAAAUGCACCAUCACUUUGGUUAUUGCAGUUCUGGUUUCACAAAUAUGAUAUGUGAGUUGUAAAGCUGAAUCAAAGUUAAAAUGAACAAAACUAAAACAAUGUGGCACGUGACUGAUAGUGAUACACAUCUUUAUUAUUUGGCUUUAAUUACCAAAUUACCUGCAGAAUUAGUGCUACAGUAUUGGUAUUCUACUGUUUCAAAGCUAAAUAUACAUACAGAUUUAUUUAGUUGGCCUCUCAGUAUCCACAGCCCUGAGCACUAGUGCAGCAAAGUUAAUUAAAACUAUGUACUGAAUAUAUAUUCCAUCAACAGCAGGGCAUGCAAUUUCCAGUUUGUACAUUAACUGCAUUUGGAGUCGGUCGAUUCGUGUGGCACAUCGAGACUUGUUUAUUGUUGACCGGCCCCUACUGUACUUCUGUGAAAAAGAGCUUCAUAGCUCAUCGGAUUCUUCCUGUCGAAAUGAAGAUUACGAUUCUGACCGUGUCCGGUAGAAGCUUUUUGAAAUGGUGCUGCAUUGUAUAAGUGCUUGUCACAAAUGGCCCACAAUACCUUGCUGGUCUCGUCAAGGAGCAUCAACGAUAUUGCGAACUCCGCUCAUCCUCGCAGCGGCUUUUGGCUCGCCACCGAAUAAAGACGGUCACUGCAUCGUGCGCUUUCAGAUGUGCUUCUGCAGCCGUCUGGAACGCUCUUCCUUUCGAUAUUAGGUUGUGACUGGAGCUAUGCAAUUUUAAAUCAUCUCGAUUGAAAACUCAUUCCUUUAGUGUUACGGUUGUUGUCCUUCUCCCGCACCUCCGAUUAGCACGGUUGGCUACAUACGGUGCGAAAGAAGUUCCACGUGCAUACAUACAGAGCUCUCGCCAAACCGGUCAGAGCACAUCAUGCUCUAUUGAGUCUCCCAUGAUUAAACAAAAAAAAGGGGCACCCAUCAAAAAACAAAACUAUAUUUAAUACACGGGACGUGCAAAUUUGGCAACAGUUUAUGUGACAGCGAUGCUUUAGAUUCACGGACAUGUUUGUGCGGGAACAUUUCAACGGCAGAACUUCAAACAGCUUCUGACGGGUAAACAACGCCCUGAGGAUAACCCACAAAGGGAAGACAUUUUUACGAUAAACCCUUCGACGUAUAAAGGAGGGAAUUAUUAUUGUGCUUGCACCUGUUUAUAUUGCAGAGUUUAUUUUCUUAAGCAGGCCUGCAUGUGUCAUUGAAAUGUUUUUUUUAUUUAGUCAAAUAAUGUUUGAUU